GCCGAGGGUUCGCCAGCACGGUGCCAUCCCGCACCACUCCCACGCCAAUCUUGUUGGCGCUGCCUUCAAAACCCAACACCGCCGGCAUGGCCGAGCCUGGGAGGAAACGCCGGCAGGGCCCCUAGCUACUACUGGAGCCGUAGAGCCUUCACCAAUCCGCGCUGGAAUGCAGAAGCCAGGUCUCAAAGGAAGAAAACGAGUUCGCGGCUACCAACCGCGCACCAGGACACCAAACAAGUCCCGCGUUUAGCGCGCGGGCCCUCCCCUCGCAUCAAGGUCCCCUCGAGGGCCUGUUCUCUUAAUUGCCAGGGACCUUGAGCCGGCAUCUGCUCGUUAAAUUCCUUUCUGCUUCUCUGCCUCUCUCCCAUGGUCCAACCCAGCCUUCUCCACUGAUUUUGUUCCCUCCUGCACAGCUUUGGGAUCUCCGGUCGGGGCGGCAGUAGGAGUCAAGAAUCUGGCACAUCGAUAAACAGCCCGAGAACGGAGAGCUGGGGCCCUCAGUGCCCUGGAGACACAGAGAACUGAGGCAAGGCUGAGCUUUCGGCCACGUGGCACUAACAGACCAAUCAUCCGCCUUCCUUCGCCUCCAGACACGCAUCUCAGAUCACGUGACCACACCAGUUACCACGUGGGGACACAGCGUGUUCCAUUCUUUGUGCUGGGGUGAGGAGGAGCUUGACUAGACUCAAGCAGGCAACGCGGUAGAAACACUGCUUCGGUGGGCGACGUGGAACUGCUACAGAAGGGCGUUUAUUACAGUGAUGCCGAAACGUGGGAAAAAAGCCGCGGUGGCAGAAGAUGGGGAUGAGCCCAAGUCUGAGCCAGAAGCCAAGAAGAGUAAGGCGGGAGCAAAGAAAACCGAAAAAGAGGCAGCAGGUGAUGGGGCAGUCCUGUAUGAGGACCCCCCAGAUCAGAAAACCUCACCCAGUGGCAAAUCAGCCACACUCAAAAUCUGCUCCUGGAAUGUGGAUGGGCUUCGAGCUUGGAUUAAGAAAAAAGGUUUAGAUUGGGUAAAGGAAGAAGCCCCAGAUAUCCUGUGCCUCCAAGAGACCAAAUGUUCAGAGAACAAACUGCCAGCUGAACUUCAAGAGCUGUCUGGACUACCCCAUCAGUACUGGUCAGCUCCUUCUGACAAGGAAGGGUACAGUGGUGUGGGCCUGCUCUCCCGCCAGUGCCCACUCAAAGUCUCCUAUGGCAUUGGUGAGGAGGAACAUGAUCAGGAAGGCCGAGUGAUUGUGGCUGAAUUUGAUGCAUUUGUGCUGGUGACAGCCUAUGUACCCAAUGCAGGCCGAGGUCUGGUACGCCUGGAGUACCGCCAGCGCUGGGAUGAAGCCUUUCGCAAAUUCCUGAAGGGUCUGGCCUCCCACAAGCCCCUUGUGCUCUGUGGGGACCUUAAUGUGGCUCAUGAAGAAAUUGACCUUCGCAACCCAAAGGGAAACAAAAAGAAUGCUGGCUUCACUCCACAGGAACGUCAAGGCUUUGGGGAAUUGCUGCAGGCUGUGCCACUGGCUGACAGUUUCCGGCACCUCUACCCCAACACGGCGUAUGCCUACACCUUUUGGACCUACAUGAUGAAUGCGCGAUCUAAAAAUGUUGGAUGGCGGCUUGAUUAUUUUUUGUUGUCUCACUCUCUGUUGCCUGCAUUGUGUGACAGCAAGAUCCGUUCCAAGGCUCUGGGUAGUGACCACUGUCCCAUUACUCUAUACCUAGCACUGUGACCUUUCCCCAAAUCAGUUUGAGCCUGGGAUAUAAGCCAAUCAAACUAGCUUUAAACUUCUUACGCCCAAACUUCUUAAAAACUGCUCUCUAGAGAAAUCUGCACUGUAUUUUCCUUCUCAACUGCAGCUUUUAACCAGGCUUCUAGUAACAGAUGUAGGUUUCCUUUAAACCCAAGGAUUUUUGUGUGUGUUGGGAUGUCUUUUUUUUUUUUAAUAUUAAAAACUACUGAUGAGUUCCUUUGAAAUGCCCAUGUGAAAAUAAAAAGCCAUAGUUUCAGCA